ACGGCUUUCAAACAGUUGGCUAGAUGUUCGUCUCAUUGAGAAAUAUGUAGACCAAGGCAAAAGUGGGACAAGAGAGCUACUUUGGUCCUGUGCCCAGAAAAACAAGACCAUUGGAGACCUCUUGCAGGUUCUUCAGGAGAUGGGCCAUUAUCGAGCAAUCUACUUGAUCACAAGCCACGGCACAGCCUCACAUCCCUCAAAGCAAGGUCAUCAGAAAGAGGGAUUUGCAAACAUGCCAGCCAAGGAAGCAACCAGUGUCACGGUGGAUAAUGUUCUUAUUCCUGAGCAUAAUAAAAAAGGAAUAUUGCUUAAAUCCUCCAUCAGCUUUCAGAAUGUUGUAGAAGGAACCAAAAAUUUCCAUAAAGAUUUCCUGAUUGGAGAAGGAGAGAUUUUCAAAGUAUAUAGAGUGGAGAUUCAAAGCCGAACAUAUGCUGUGAAAUUAUUUAAACAGGAGAAAAAGAUGCAAUGCAAGAAACAGUGGAAAAAGUUUUUAUCUGAGCUGGAAGUUUUACUAUUGUUUCGUCACCCAAACAUACUGGAGUUGGCUGCAUAUUUUGCAGAGGCUGAUCAGUUCUGUCUGGUAUACCCAUACAUAAGAAACGGAACACUUCUGGGCAGAUUACACUGUAUGGAUGGCAUGACUCCACUCUCUUGGGAUGUUCGAACCAGUAUAUUAAUAGGCAUAUCCAGAGCCAUUCAGUACUUGCACAGCACUCAACCAUGCUCAGUCAUCUGCGGCAGUAUAUCAAGCUCCCUGCUAAUGUGCCUGAAAGAGCAAUGA